AUGGCCAAACCCUUGGUCAAAACCCGGUCAAAUCUUUCUUGUCCUAUAUUUGGUAGCGCUAAAGACAUUCUCCCAGAAGAAAAUCAGCUACCAAGUUAUGAGGAUUUGAUGAAAUGUUAUUUAAGCGUGCGACUUGAGUUAAAAGGUGAUUCUAGUAAACAACCAGCAAAUGCUACAGUUGCAAAUAUUGUAGCCAGUAAAGUAGAGCAUGUAUGGAAACGAGCUUCCUUGCCAACUUUAUCUCGCGAGAGAAUAAUUAAACUAAUUCUUGCAUAUAAUCUCAAGUAUCAAAAUAUUAUUAAACCUAUCAAAGGGAAAAUUUCAAAAUUUUUACAAGCUAAGUUGAAUAAUUUCCAUAAAGACUCAAACAAAUUGUUUGAUAUAUCAACUUGUAAAUGUCUUGAUUUAGAACGUUGCUCUUGUGAAAAGGAAAGAAAAGUGCCGAAAGCAGAAUGGUCCUUUUUGCAAGAUCAAAAGUCUCAUCGUAAAAUGAAAAUAGGAGGAGUUGACGAGAUCCUAACCAAGCAGAUACAAAAAAGAGAAGAAAGAAAAUGGUCCUAA